AUGGUAGAGUCAGAGUUGUCGAGCCGCAUCACGACGAUCGCCACCCUCGAGGCGGAGAAUGUCAAGCUCAAGGCGGAGAACGCCACGCUCGAGGCGGAGAACGUCAAGCUCAAGGCGGAGAACGCCACGCUCAGGAACGGCGCGGCCUCACGGAACCUGGUGCUGUCGGGCAUCGCCGGCGCCGUUGCCGCCGCACUCGCCAUUGCCCUCUGGGGCUCCAUCGUCUCUACCGUCGCGUACGUGGAGAUCACCUCCAAGAUGGAUGACGAGGCCUCGAUGAGGAUCACCUCCCAGACACCGGAGCUUGCCUCGCUCCGCAACGCCGACGACGACUGCCCCGUCGCGGUGCACGAGACCAAGACGGUCCUUCGGGAGACACUCGUGUUUGGCCCCUCAGCUGGCGGUCGCCGGCGCCUCGCUACGACAGAGGGGGCGUGCAAGUCCCCGCUCUCGGUCGCUCGCCUCUACGAGACGGGCGUGGUGGACGUCGUCCUCCCGUGCGUGACGUGUGACGGCGCCAAGUCCUUCCCUGUAUUUACGCCGAGAGAGCUGAAGGAACGCCCCGAUCGCUUCGUCAUCGAGGGCCACCUUGGCGGGAAGUUUGACCAGCUUUAUGAGGUGUACUGCCCGUUCGCACGCGCAGAGUGCGAGGCCAACCCCAACCUCCUAUGCAGCAUCGCCGAGGUGCCAGACGAUGGCUCGGACCCUGAGCACAACUUCUCGGGCGGCGAGGCUAUGCCCGAGCCCGAGCCCGAGUCCGAGCCCGAGCCCGAGCCGGCCGGGCGCCAGCUGGCCGCCGAGGAGCUGGAGGAUCUUGACGUUUCUGCUCUCUCCAACGCGCUCGCCAGCGAGACCCGCUGCGCCGAUGGCCUCGACCGUCUUCCAGAGGCUGAAGUUGAGCGGCUUUUACGCCCCUUCAACUUGCCCGAAUCUGCCAGGACUUGCUCGGACUUGCUCUUCCUCGGCGCAUGCGAGCUCAAGAUCGUUCAGGACACCCUCUGCGCACAGACGUGCGGCGUGUGCGAGGGCGAGGAGCGUGAUCACUUGCGGGAGCGUCGCCAAAUGUUCAUGAAAUGUGGCGGAGAGGGACGUUGA